AUGUGCUCUAUUGUCGUGCUUCAUCAGUGGAGUCUGGCUGUGUUUUUGCUGUGCUCCCCUGUGACUCUUGAUGGGAGACCAGUUGAUGCACUUAGUAGCAGAACGAGGAGGUCAGUGAGCCACGCCCAGCUGAUGCAUGACAAGGGCCGCUCCUUACAGGAGUUCAAGCGACGCAUGUGGCUGCAGGAGCUGCUGGAAGAGGUACACACAGCCGAUGAGCGAGCUUCACCUGUGCAGAGCAGAACUCAAAGCCAAACCUUCAGUGGGAAUGCCCUGCACGAGAAGCCCCCAGGGGCCACCAAGAACCUCCCUGACAGGUUCAGGCUGGACAGAGAGGGUGCUAACCUGCCCCAAGAGACCAACAAGGCUCUAGCUUAUAAGGACCAGCCACUAAAAGUGGCUACCAAGAGGAAAAAAAAGGUGAGGUUAGGCAGACGCAGAGAAAGCGACAAGAAGCGGAGGCGGGCACGAUCUGCCACAAUGCGGGAGCCAUGA